AGGAAUUUAAGUUUUGGCCCAUGCACUUCCCGCUUCUCUCGCUCCUCCUGCUGUCUGAAUCAUCCUUCCCUUUCAACCUUCGACUUUCUACUCAAACCUCCAAGGCAACGCAACACAAACCUAACCCCUCCUCUUGUCUUCUUUUUCUGCCCCCAAUUCAAUUCUCAUCGGAUCGGGUUUGCAAAUUACGUUUGGAAUGAGUUGCAAUUCCUAGCCCCUUGUAGUUUUCACAGGCGAAAGGCACCAGGGUCUUAAUUAGGAAAGGUUUUGCUUUUGAUUAUUGUGUGUUACACACUCGUCGUUGGUUUCAUUAGGAGACAAGUCAGAAGCAGUGUUGUUAACAUAUGUGGUGUUGAGUUUGUUGUGGCGCCUAAUUUUGUAGCGUGUGGAAAAUGUGAUUCUUGGUUGCAUUACCAUGGAAAAGAAAGAGUUAGAGGAGACAGAUCAGCCAAGUCCUCGGGCUGUUGGAAAGAUAGAAGUGGUUUCGAGUGAAGAAGAUAGGGAAAAACACUCAGUGCGACCAGAAACACAAAAUGUAGAUUGUGAUAGCUCUGAGUUUGGGAAUGAUCAGCAUAUUGGUCAUGAUGCCCUCAAGUUUGAUGAUGAGCAGCAUAGUAUGCCAGACAGGGUGGAUGAGGCGAUAGGUGUAGAGUUGAAAACCCAUGAGGAAAGAAAAGACAAUGUAGCAGGAGAAUCUCAACAAGAAAACUUGGAGACCGGUACCGUUCCAGAUGACUUGUUUCAAAAGGAUCAUGAUAGUGAUUCCAUGGAAUCUGGAAUUGAAGUUGGCAUUGUUGGACAAGAGUGUUCAGGUGUUAAUGGAGACAGUGGAGAUUUUGAGCCUAAAAGACAAGAAGUAAGUCUAGAUAAUUUUGUGAAGCAAGGUUUGUUCAUAGAGAAGGAUGACAGCAGAAGCGUGGAAUCUGCACAAAUGAAUAAAAAAACAGAGAACACUUCAGAGGGCAAUAAUUUGGAGCCUGAUGUUGGUGGAGCUGUGGUUCCUGGAACUGAAGCUGGCUGCAGCACAUCUAUGGAUACUUUGGACACCAAUCCGGAGGUUCCAUGUGGGGUUGAGAAGACAAAAUCUCUUAGAGACUUUGUUAAGGAGAAAAGUAUAAUAGCAGUCUCCAUGGUGCUUCGCCGCCUUUCUGUAAAAAGAGACGAAUAUACUGUGGCUAAAUCUGAUGACAUGGGUAAGGACCCUUCAGAUUUAUCAAGAGAAAGUGAUACGAAAGAGGUUCCUGAGAAGACAGGGGAGAAAACAACUUGGAAUCCCUUAAAUUAUAUUAAAACGUCAUCUGUUGAUGCUGAAAAUAGAACUGUCUUAAGGGAGGAACCUAUAAAUGAAGGUCCACCACUACCCAUACCCAUGAAAGGAAGGAUUACAGUGUACACGAGACUAGGGUGCCCAGAAUGUAAAGAGGUUAGGAAAUUUUUGUAUAUGAAAAGGCUUAGAUAUGUUGAAAUCAACAUUGAUGUCUUUCCUAGUAGAAAGAUGGAGCUGGAGAAGAAUUCAGGAUCUACUUCUAUUCCCAAGGUUUUUUUCAAUGGAAUACUUAUUGGAGGCUUGAGUACACUAAAGUCCUUAAAUGAGUCUGGCAAACUUAAUGAGAAGAUUGACUACCUUAUUAAUGAAGUACCAUCAUUUGAAUGCCCAGUUCCUCCACUUUCUGGAGAGGAUGAUGUGUCCAGUAGAGGGGCGCUUGAUGAAAUGGCUCUAAUUGUCCGCAAAAUGAAAGAAUGCAUUGUUGUGAAGGACCGAUUUUGCAAAAUGCGGAGGUUUACUAACUGCUUCAUUGCUUAUGAUGCUGUGAACUUCUUAUCAGAAGAUCAAUAUUUGGAAAGGAAGGAGGCUGUUGAGUUUGCACGAAAACUUGCCAGCAAACUCUUCUUUCAGCAUGUUUUUGAUGAGAAUCUAUUUGAGGAUGGUAAUCACCUAUAUCGGUUUUUGGAUGACGAUCCAACUGUGGCAUCUUUUUGUUACAACAUUCCGAGGGGGAUAAUUACUGUGAAACCUAAGCCUAUGACAGAAGUUGCAUCGAGGCUGAGGCUUUUGUCCUAUGCAAUGUUUGAAGCCUAUGCCUCUGAAGAUGGACGUCAUGUUGACUACCGAAGUAUGCAUGGAAGUGAGGAGUUUGCAAGAUAUCUAAGAAUAAUAGAAGAGCUACAAAGAGGGGAAGUAUGGGAUUUGUCUAGAGAAGAGAAGCUUGCUUUUUUUAUUAAUCUAUAUAAUAUGAUGACCAUCCAUGCAACCUUAGUAUGGGGUCACCCUUCUGGAGCACUCGAAAGAAGGAAAAUAUUUGAAGACUUCCAAUAUGUUAUUGGUGGAUUCACCUACUCUCUUUCAGCCAUUCAAAAUGGAAUUUUGAGGGCGAACCAGCGACAACCAUAUACCCUUAUGAAGCCAUUCGGUGCAAAAGAUAAACGUUUAAGGGUGGCCCUCCCUUUCCCGGAGCCCCUUAUUCAUUUUGCUUUGGUAUAUGGUACUCGAUCUGGACCCUCGCUUCGGUGCUAUUGUCCCGGAGACAUUGACAGAGAAUUAGCGGAUGCAGCACGUAAUUUCUUAAGAAAUGGAGGCCUUUCAAUAGAUUUUACUGCAAAGGUUGCAUAUGCCAGUAAGAUCCUUAAGUGGUUUAGUGUAGAUUUUGGUAGAAAUGAGGUAGAGGUCCUGAAGCAUGUGUCAACCUACUUACGUCCUGCCGACUCAGAAUUAUUGUUGGACCUACUUGCCACUUCUGAGUUGAAGGUGAUUUAUCAGCCUUAUGAUUGGGGUUUGAACUGCUAGUGUGUUCUAUAAAAUUUUUGUCAAUAUUACUCCUGUAUUCAUAGUAACUGAUCCCUGUUAUACAAAGUAGCAUUAAGGUAAUCUAUACAAUAUGUUAACUGUUUCUAGUUGAUACCUCUUUAUUGAAAGGUACACGAUGUAGGCUAAUAGGUCCGUAGAAAAAAUUGAUUCUUAUUUUUUCGUGCUCUCUCCCUGUCUAUAGUAACUUUUAGGUGCUAUUUGUUGAGGAAUGCAACUCAUACUGACCCAUCAGAUGUACACCACGAUCCGCAUUUAAGCGUUUGACUGUGGAAAUAAAGGGCAAUGCCAACUUAUGCAUUUAAAUUUUUUGCAAUACUGU